UGUCCAUAGCAGUUAAAAUUUUCAACACACGUUUGCGGAGCUGAAAUAGUGUGGGCUAUUUUUCUUUUAAAACACACCCUCUGAGGUAUUGUUGAUCGUGCGGUGCUCUUUCUCCAGUGCCCUUUUUAUGUUGAGAUACGCAUGGUUAUUCUGUAUUUUAAUUCGCAUCAAAAACGGACCCUUCAUUAAUUAUCUUUUAAUAUGAUCAGUUCAGCCUGUGACAGUGACAAGUAAAUUCAAGGAAACAAGGCCGCACAGGAAGGAUCAUAACUGAGAAGAUCAAAGGAACAGUUGUACCACAUAUAAUUUACAACUAAUAAAAUGGCUGAGAGGGUAAAUCAUCUAUCUUAUUUCUAUGGCAGCAUCACACGAGAUGAAGCGGAGGACUUUCUGAAGCAGGCUGGAAUGGCCAACGGCCUCUACCUUUUGCGUCAGAGUCGCAACUACCUUGGGGGCUUUGCUUUGAGUGUGGCAUACAAUGGAAAGUGUUAUCACUACACAAUAGAAAAAGAAUUGAGUGGAAGUUAUCUCAUAACUGGAGGAAAGUCCCACAAGAGUCCAGUAGAUAUUGUCGAGUACCAUACUGAAGAGACUGAUGGUCUUGUCUGUCUUCUGAAAAAUCCAUGCAAUCGACCAAGAGGAAUUGAACCAAAAAUUGGGCCAUUUGAAGACCUGAAAGACCAUUUGAUCAGGGAAUAUGUUCAACAAACAUGGAACCUACAGGGAGAUCCUCUUGAACAGGCAAUUAUUAGCCAGAAACCACAACUAGAGAAAUUAAUUGCAACAACAGCCCAUGAGCGAAUGCCCUGGUUUCACGGGAAGAAAUCUCGAGAUGAUGCUGAACGUUGCAUUCUCAGAGGUUCACGGACUAAUGGAAAAUUUUUAAUAAGAGAUCGUGACGACAAGGGAUCGUAUGCUCUUUGCUUGAUUCACGAGGGUAAAAUAUAUCAUUACCGUAUUGACAGGGACAAAACAGGGAAACUGUCCAUUCCUGAUGGGAAAAAAUUUGACACCCUCUGGCAGAUGGUUGACCAUUACUGCUACAAAUCUGACGGUCUUCUUCAAGUUCUCACUGAACCAUGUCCAAAUCCUGAUCACCCAGUUGAUUCUUUUGGGUUAACGCAAGCACCACCAAUUCCAAGUCACCAUCCUCAGCAAGAGGGCAAAGGUGGAAUAUUCUCAAGGAUCAAAUCCUCAUCAUUUCCAAAGUCUGGUUCCAAAAAGGUUUCUCUCUGUCUGUACUCACAACUAACCAUGAAGAAUAUGCAGAAAUUAAAGCAUGCAAACGCAUUCCCAGAUGUUACUAUAAACAAUAUAGUUGAAUUAGUACAUCAAGUGUCCAUGGGUAUGAAGUACUUGGAAGAGAAAAAUUAUGUUCACAGGGAUUUGGCUGCAAGGAAUGUUCUUCUUGUAACUCAGCAUUACGCUAAAAUCAGUGAUUUUGGCCUGUCGAAAGCCAUAAACUCUGAGGAGAAUUACUACAAAGCUAAAAGUACAGGCAAAUGGCCAAUAAAGUGGUAUGCACCAGAAUCCAUCAACUUCUUCAAGUUUUCCAGCAAAAGUGAUGUCUGGAGUUUUGGUGUGAUGAUGUGGGAGGCAUUUUCCUAUGGUCUAAAGCCCUACAAGGGAAUGAAAGGCCAAGAGGUUGUACAAAUGAUUGAAUCAAAUAAACGACUGGAUGCUCCAGUGAGAUGUCCUGUUGAAAUGUAUGAAUUGAUGCGAGAAUGUUGGACGUACAAAGCUAAUGAUCGGCCAGGAUUUGUCACUGUGGAGCACAGGCUGCGUGAAUACUACUACACUGUUUCAAAGGAAUAGAAUGCUUAGUUUCAAAGAGAAACAUUUAACCAGCAUUUUUAAAAAAAAAGGAUUUUUUCUGCUAGUUAUAUGCAAAUUAUACUCAUGAUUAACAUGAAAAUGCCUCAUUACAUUAUCUACAUAAAUUAAAAACGGUCAAAGUUCUUAGGUGUGAAAAGAGUGAAAUGCCUUGUUUAUGCCUGAAGGCUAAGGAAUUUGCUACAAACUGGUUAUUCAAAGAUUCUCCCUGUUUGAUGUUACCCUUCAAAUUCCAAUUAGUGGAACCACUUAUCAAGGGAAACGUUUAGGUUGGAUGAUUUCCACAGGUUAGAUUAUACCAGCUCUUUGGAGAUGUGCUGGGGAUUGGGAGAAUUGUGGCAAAAGGCAUUUGGGAUUUGGUAGGGAAAGGGUAUCUCCUGCUUUCCUACCAAUGCAGAAUAUUUCAAUGGACAAGAAACGCGGCAGAGACUCUUUUUUUAAUCAACUUAUUUUGAGAUUUUAUUACACAACUUUGGAGCAGCUGGGAUUUGAACCUGGGUCUCCUGGCUCAGAGGUAGCAACAUUAUCACUGGCACCACAAGACCCCCUGUGAACCACAGUGGAAUGGUUUCUGCCAACCAGAAGCAGGUGACUCGUUAAGGCAAUUAAUUGGCUGUUUAGCAGCAAUUACCUGACCCUGCUGGCAUUUUACUAUUAUUUGUGAGGGUUGCUGCUAAAUGGCAAGACUGCCAGGUAAACCCUGGUUCUGACCAAUAGGCUUCUUUUAUUGUAGCUGCCCCGUCGCAACAGCUUCACCUUUGGUUAUGAUGUUGCAGUUUGUGGUGAGCCCCUCCUUGACUGACCCCAGUUAAAUAAGAAAGCUUGACUUGCCUUUGAGGAUGCUUCAACGUUGAGACGUCCUCUUCUGCUUCCUGCAGGUUACACAAUGGCCAUCUCUACCUCUUUUGUGGCUAAUGGCAAAAUACCAGCCAGGAUUCCAACUUGACAGGUUGAGUCUUGCCUUUCAUUCAAAUAUGGGACUAUAUAACUUCUCAAAAAAAUUCAGCCCGUGUUAUGGAGGAAAUGUGUCCCUUUAUCUCAUCCAUAGCUUUCAAUGUACCACCUGUCAACUGCAGAUAAUAGAAAAGACAAAACCUUUGCUAGGGACUGGCAAUCGAAAUUUGGGAGAUGGUCUUUGGUUUGUGGUAAAAUUGGUUCCAUUCUACCAUAAUUGAGCUAACUGACCUCCAGAAAUAAGAGAAAGUUGUAUAGAUGAUCCUUACAUUUUAAGUUAUCUUGACAUAAUGAAUUUGAAAGCAUUUUGCCCCCUAAGUCAAAAGCCUGUGUGUUCAAGUCCCAUUUCAGAAUGAGUAAGUAACCUAAGGAAAACUAUAUUGUUGGAAGUGCUAACUUUUAAGACAGCUGUUAAAUUGAGGAUCUUCCCCUGACUUAAGUGAUUCAGAUGUGCAGGUGAAAUCCAUGCACUAAUUGAAGAUGAAGAAGGAUUCUUUAAGUGUGUUGGCAUAGAUCAAUCUUUGUUGAUUAUAAGAGCUUGCUACAUGAAAAUGAUCUGAAAAAUCUUACAUUACAACACAAGCUCAAAGCAGUCCAUUGUACAUGAAAUGUAUUGAAUGACACCUAAGCAACGUGAUCAAGUGCUCCAUGAAUGGAGAUUCUGACCCAGAUUUUCAUCUUCAAGGCAGGAAUUGCAAGUUUGGAGAUUUUCUUUUGGUAUCACCGUCCGACCUCUUGGCUUGCAGUAGCAGUCCAUGCUAUUUUCAUGGUGAAAUGAUGGAGGCAGUCUGAAAGUUAGGGCCAACAUCUCUUGAAGCAGAUCCAAGACUAGAAUGGAAGAAUGCAGAUGCUCCAUGGGGAGGUUAGAAGGCCGGCCGGGACAUCAGCUCAGUUCUGUAAAUGAAUUUUGCAGCCCUCUUCCCUCAUCCACAUGCCCCCCACCCCCGCACACUCCCCCUUAUCUUUGCGGGCUCACUCAAAUAGUAUAUACAAUGGGCAGAACUCUCAUAGUCUUUAUAAUAACAUUGUGAAGACUUUGGAAUGGUCACGAAACUGUCAAAAAUAAACACAUAGUUAUUCAAACUCCACUUGAAAAAAAGCUUCAUCCCUUUAAGUGGCCAUAAAAUUAUCAAAAUAACCAAACAGCCAUUCUCAAUCUCUCUUCAAAAAACAUAAUCAUCUUAUUAUGUCAUAAAACUGUCAAGUAAAACUAAGUUCACUCUUCCCUUGAUAGCUAUCAAUAAUCAUAUUAAGCUGAAUUCAUUAGUGGGGUCUGAAACUCAAUGAGGCAUUCAUGAUGAGAUUUCAUUGCACAACUGUGUCAAUAAAGCUUUCAGAGCUAAAUAUUUUAAAGCAUUUGAGGUAGUUGAGCAGAUGGCCAUUUAAGACUAAGCACAUGACUAACCUGAUGAUUAAAUAAUUCAGCUGUUAUAUUGCUUCAGAUGCCGAACUGGUGACUGUCACGUUAAUCAAAGAAAAGUGCAGGGUCCAACUUGCACAGUGAACCUUAAAUCUCAACAGAACCUAACUCAUUUGAUAACAGACUCUAAUGCAACUGAACAACUUUCACAAUGCUGAUCAAUUUGAUGAUAACUCAUCUACUAAGACUAAAGCCCUAAAAUGAAUCACUGUUAAAACAUACUUCUACACCAUUACAUUUAAAGUAAAGUUGUCGUAGUCUUACCAGAUUAUAGGGUUGCUCUCUUAUUAGAGAGCGAGAUGACCAACGGUGGUUUAACCUGAGAAUUGCCAUGCCUCAGGUGACAGGAGAGGUAGAGAACAAGAGUCCUUAAGGUAACCUUGGCUGGUGUGAGAAUUGAACCCACAUUGCUGAUCUCACUCUGCAUUGCAAACCAACCAAAAGAGCUAACUGACUCCUUACCAUUAUAUUACAUUACGAUAUGUGAAAUAGCCAAUUAUUUUGAACUCAUCUGUCGGCAAGUUUCUGACUUCAGAUUAGGAACCUGCCAUAGUUAAUGAAUCCUCUGAGGUACCAUGAAACAAUUCAUCAAGCAAUAUAUGUUUGACUCCAUGAAGAUAGCUCAAGUUUAAAAUUUCCACCCUCAUAAUGAGAUCUGCAUGGGGCAGUCAAGCUGUACAUGCACUCACUACAUACAUUAUUAUCCUAAGACACCAAAAAUUGCUGGUGACAGAAGUUGGGUAGGAAUCUGAAGCUCAUGAUCCACUGGAAGUUCGGCAUUUUAUCUCAAAUUUUAUUGAUAUUACAAAGUAGGACAUUAUUGAUAAUACCGGAACUAUAAAUACUACAUAUUGUGAAGAACGCUUUGAGUAAAUAUUCAGGCAAAAAUAUUCAAAAAAUUACAGCUAAAAUUGUCUGGUUAUUUUUGGGUUACAGUUUCUAGUUGUUGACUAUAAAUAGACAGACAUUCUUUCAUUAUUUGCAGUAAUAUCCACAUUAUGCACCCAUAAUUGACAAAAGCAACCAUAUUGGCCAUCCUUUUAAUAUUCAGAUGUUUAGACAUUUAAGCAGAAGAUACAAUUCAUCUGUCACCAGUGAAAGUAUAACAGGUGUUAAGAUUCUUCCUGCAGCAGCUUGACAAAUUAUUUGGCUAUCAAUGCUUUUCACUAUUUUGUUGUAAUUUAAUUUAUAUUGUUCAAAGCAUCAAUUUUUAAAAAAUAGUUGCUGAAAUCCAAUAAUUCACCGGUUCAGUUGAUGAGAUUAUGCUUUCAGAACUGCAAGUAUCAAUCAAACACCUUUUAAGUAAAUAUAGGAAGAAAUCAUUGAAACUUGCUACUUGUGGACAGGGUCCAUCUACUUUGGAAUUUUUUAGUUCUGCAAGUAAGUAUAUACAUGAUACAGGACUGAUUAGAACACAUUACAUGGUUUUUGUUUCCAGAUGCAGCAUGUUUGUUUCUUUUUGCUUAUUUCCUUACAAUGAAAGAGGAUAGCCUAAGUGUUCGUUACUGAGUCAUGUGAUCAUACAAAAUUGAUGAGCAAGAUAAAGACCAGCUAGUCAAUGAAGGUUGCCCUGACAUCAUAAUGGCCAGAGCAAUAUGAUAAAAUAUGUACAAACCCCUGCACGAUCCCCUCCGAUGAGCCCUGCAUUUGCUGUAAUCUUGUGAGGCCUCUUCUGGAGUACUGUGUCCAAUCUGUCACCCUGUUAUAGGAAGGAUAGUAUUAAGCUAGAGAAGGUUCAGAAGAGAUUUAC